AUGCUCAGCAAGACGAUUGCCACGGCCGUCCUCGGCCUCGCCUCCCUGGCAUCCGCCGCGAAGAACUGCCCCGUUGCCGACGUUUCCGCCAUCGCUCACACCGGCACCCCGGUCGGCGAGACGGUUCCCUACAACGGACUCAACAUCUACGUCUCCAAGCCCAAGGGACACAGCGCCCGUGGAAAUAAGACCUCCGUCGGCGUUCUUUACCUCACCGACGUCUACGGCGUCCAGUUGGCGCAGAACACACUGUUGACUGACAGCUUCGCCCGCGCCGGAUACAUCUCCGUCGCCCCCGAUCUGUUCGACGGCAAGCCCGCGCCCAACGACAUCAACGUUCCGGGCUUCAACACCACCCAGUUCCUCGCCGCCCACGGCCCCAACGUGACGGACCCCAUCAUCGCCAAUGCCGUCAAGUACCUCAAGGAGGAGCUCGGCGUCAGCAAGGUCGCCGUGACGGGAUACUGCUUCGGUGGCCGCUACGCUUUCCGCGAGCUUGCGGCGGGCAAGGGCGCCAAUGUUGCUUUCGCUGCGCACCCCAGCUUGUUGACUGACGAUGAGAUCAAGGCCAUCACUGGCCCCGCCAGUGUCGCUGCUGCCCAGAACGACAACCUCAUGCCUGCCGCGCGCCGUGCCGAGAUCGAGGCCCUCCUCGGCGCGACCGGCCAGCCCUUCUCCCUUGCGCUGUACGGCGGCACCUCGCAUGGCUUCGGUGUUCGGGCCAACAUCUCGGACCCCCAGCAGAAGUACGGCAAGGAGGAGGCUUUCUUCCAGGCAGUUCGCUUCUUUGAUACUUGGGCUUAA